GUCAUCUUCCAUGAUGUUGCUGUGCUGAUGGACAAGCUCUUCCCUGUCGUGGAGGCCAUGCAGAAGCACUUCAGUGCUGGCUCAGGAACCUACUACAGCGACUCCAUCUUCUUCCUCUCCGUUGCCAUGCAUCAGAUCAUGCCCAAAGAGAUCCUGCAGAUCGUUCAGCUGGACCUUGACCUGAAGUAUAAGACCAACAUCCGAGAACUGUUUGAGGAGUUUGACAACUUCCUGCCUGGUGCUAUCAUUGGCAUAGCCAGAGAGAUGCAGCCAGUGUACAGGUAG